GAGGAACAAACAAGCAUAAAAGGAGUUGUUCGACAUCAGUUUCCAAUCAAGUUGGCGUUUGGAUGUACAGCACACAAAGUACAAGGGAUGACCAUGAAGUCUGCAGUUGUUUCUUUGAAGAGAGUUUUUGAACACGGAAUGGCAUACGUCGCCCUCAGUCGCACAACUUCUCUGGAAGGACUUAAAAUCAUUGAUUUGGAUGAGAAUAAGAUCUACGCCGAUGAAAAUAUCAGAGCAGCUAUGGAUUCGAUGAGAACAGCAUCGUUCUCAAACGCCAGACCGCUCUUGAAUUUUCAAUCACGUCAUCAAAGUGCAACUUUAACAAUUAUUCAUCACAACGUCGAAGGUCUCAUCUCUCAUUCUGAGGACAUGAAACACCAUCAUGAACUCAGAUUGGCAGAUAUUUUAUGCCUUACCGAGACUCAUUUAUUUGGAUCUUCUGCUCCAGCUUGUUGCCAAAUGGAGGGUUAUUGUUUCUUUUCACGCAACAGACAUGUUUCUUAUUCCAACCGAGUGGACAUGUCUACCAAAGAGGGGGGAGGAGUCGCCACUUACUGCAGGAGUCUUCUACAACCCCAGGAGCGGAGAUACUUUCACAAUGUUACCGAUCUUGAAUACAACGUUGUGAAAGUGGAUGCGCCGAUCACAGCCCUCAUUGCCACGGUUUACAGGCCACCAAGUUAUGAUCUAGCUACGUUUUUGACAAACAUGGAAAAUCUUUUGGAUGGCCUGAAUUCAAUGGAUAUUCAGCCAGUUGUGGUAUUGGGAGACUUCAACGAGGACCUCCUCUCUCCGGGGAAAAAAGCAAUCAAGGAGUUGUUUGGAAGCAAAGGAUUAACUCAACUCAUCUCGGAUCCAACAACGGAAAGGCAGACUCUCAUUGACCACAUUUACAUUUCUCAGCCAGAAUAUUGUGUUCAGUCAGGUGUGUUGCAGACUUAUUACAGUUACCACAACCCUGUAUAUUGCAUUUUGGCUUCAUUUUCAGCUGCAUCUUCACCAUGACUUGAGAGGAGGGCUGGGAAACAAAUUACACUAGGACAAUAGUCCUGUCAUUUUUAAUGGUACUCCAUCUUAGGUAAAAACACCAAAGUGAGAACAAAUAAUCAGAAUCAAAUGUCCUCAAUGAUUCGCUUGGAUACUGGAAAUCCAGUUGAUGUAUUUAAAGGGUAAUAAGAAUAACGGUGUCGGCUGACGGCCUGUACAGGUCCAGUAACGGCUGUAAGCUUAUUGCUCAUGAAUACUUCAACUUGAGAUGACCACAGUACUCCAUUUGAGGCACCGAGUGGUCACCUAGGAUACCCCUGGGAUAUUGUAAGAAAGUGAAUGUAUUUAACAGGUAAUAAGAAUAGCGGUGUCGGCUGACGGCCUGUACAGGUCCAGUAACGGCUGUGAAGCUUAUUACUCUUGAAUACAGCUACUUCAGACGACCACUGAACUAAUUUGGAGACCAGUGCAUUUUUGAAACAUUUUAUUUAACUCCCCUAGAGAACCUGCUAGAGCUCUCUAGUAUUCUUUUUAUUUUCCUUUUUUGGUUUUCUUUCUGAUCAUGAGCCAAUGCUCCAGUCUGAUGGAGCAGUUUUUUCCACACUAUGGACAUUCUCCACUCCGCUCUGUUUGCUUGGCCAUUAUGUUAAUUUGCUUUGAGUGGAAAUAACCGUUUUUUGCCCAGUUUUAGUAAGUUUUUGCAGGCUUGAGAGCAUGCAACGCACGGCAUGACUCAUGAGGGUUCCAAGAAGAGAUGGAGGAAGCUGGACCUGGUCGAUUUGCAGAGCGGCCCAUCAUACGUCACCAAGCGCAGGACACCCCAACCCACCUGGCAGCCUUGAUCUUCCAAGCAGUCUACGGAGAAAAAGGUCAAGGUUUCUGGACUCCGUGCCCCAUGACCAGGUAUGUCCACGACAUGUUCAGGGCCGUGGGACGGGUCAUCGCCAUCAACAACUUGACCAACAGCUGGAGCGUCAACGAGGCGGGAGCAAACAUCAAGCAUUUGCGGCACACAGUCUGCAACCUCUGGACUUAUGUGGCUAUUUUCAACUUUCCUCCACUUCUCACCAUGAAGGCUCUGAUGUGAAGCAGCAGAUCACAUCCCAACAGGAAACUAAAGUGUCUCAAGUCAAAGAGCUU